GACUAUAUUUGCCCCCGAUGUGAAUCUGGCUUUAUUGAAGAACUUCCUGAAGAGCCAAGGAACACUGACAAUGAGACCAGCUCCUCUACAUCAGCCAGUGAUCAGAGCAGGCACCCUUUUGAGAACGUGGAUCAGCACUUAUUCACCUUGCCCCAGGGCUAUGGCCAAUUUGCCUUUGGGAUCUUUGAUGACAGCUUUGAGUUCCCGUUCGGGUCCAACGUGCAGUCGGAGGACAACAGGGACUCGGAGAACCGGCGGGAGCGGGAGCACCAGUC